GCGGUUUUGAAUUGAGGGCAACAUGACGCUGGCGGGAUGUGGAGCAGGUUCCUGUAAAUGAAACUAAUGGCUCAGAAACCAGCAUUGCUGGCUGUUCAUCAGGCCUUGGAGAAAUGCUUCCAGGUCAUUGAGAAGCAACAAAGUUUGUGGGACAGUACACUGGUGGAAUGCACUCCACUCCUAAGCUCGUUGAGUAACCUGGCCGAGCAACUCCAGGCAUGCAACAAGGUUGACUUUAGGAAUACUCCCUUUCGAGAAUUUCCUGAUCUGAAACACCGGCUGAAAUACAAACUUACCCAAGCAGUGGAAAUCAACUUGGAAAAACUUGGAGAGAAAAUGAAUGUUCUGCAAAGAGUGUGUGACACAACGAGUAACCACGUAUCGACAUGCUUCCAAAUGUACGAGCUACAUGCUGACACCAUUGGUUUGGCUGCAGUCCUUGAGCGAUCAAGUCUUGAUCCUUCUGUGGCGGAUAUGCUGGAAUGGCUUCAAGAUAUUGAGCGGUUUUACAAAAAUCAGCUUCUUGCCAAGAAAAUUUUACUUCAGAAUAUUAACUAUGAUAAACUACCAAAUAUUCAGGCUCUCCCGCAAUCCUGGAACAAAACAGAAGAACAGAUGGAUCAAGAUUUGGUGCGAGAUACUCUACUGAAGGUGGCAUUCUUCAUGGAAUCUCGGCAAGGGUCCUAAUCGAUCUAAGGUUGUUCACUGGAACUCAUGGAUUUUGUUUUUUUUUUAAUUUCCUUGUGGCAAUAUGUUCUGAAAGAGAAGCUCCUCAUCACGUACUGAUGCCAAAUGUGGCUUGGGAAUGAUCUUACUUCCUCCCUCUUGUCCUUGUUUAAUUAAGCCCCAAGUCCCAGCAUAGUUUGUACUUUACCUCAUUUUUAGAAUAUGUUUGUCAUGUCCCUGCCUUAUUAAAUAUACAGGUACCAUUAUAUUCUGAUCGAGCUGGGGUGCUAGUACAAUGAAGCAAGGUUGUGCCCAUGAUAUCACAUGCAGAAAAGUAUUUAUAUUUCACCCACAGUCCUUUUUGAAGCACAUUGUAUGCUUCAGUAUGUAAGGGAACAGUGAAGUGGGAAGAUUCCUCUGUAUUAAAGCUCCAUAUCUUGAGAGGUGGUGAAAUUAGAUUGAAUGAUAUGAAGCAAAAGUUCAUGGAAGUACUGAUGGGGGCAGUUUGGGAUAUUCAUGUUUCAUUCAGAACCUGUGUCACUGUUUGUGGUACACUGCAGUGCUCUCUAGAGUGCAGAGGUUAGCUGUGUGCUGCAGCAUGAGAAACCCUUUAAGGUUUAGUAUCUUUAUGCUGCUAGUUUUCACAAUGCAGCGUAUUAGUCCCAUCAAAAUAGUCCUAUAGAAUGGUUUUGUACAGUACAGGGCCUUCGGCCAACCUGUGUAAACCUACUCCAUGAUCCGUCCAACUUCUCCCUGUAGAAACAGCUUAUAAAUCUCCAUUUCCUUCCAACUAUGUACAGUGGGCCUUCAUUGCACAUAGAUGUAAGAGUCAUAAAGAUAUAAGAGUCCCUGUAUGUCCCUAUUGUAUCAGACUCUAUCACCAUCCUUGGCCGUGUUUUCCAGGCACCUACCACUCUGUGUAAACCAUCUUCUGUACCUCUGAUAUCUCUGAACUUUCCUUCACUCACCAGUUCCUCUGAUAUUGGCUAUUGCUGCCCUGGGCAAAGGACGCUAGCUGUUCAUUCUCUCUAUGCCUCUCAUAAUCUUAUACACCUUUAUUAAGUUGCCUCUCAUCCUCCUUCACUCCAAAGAGAAAUGACUUGGUUUGCUCAGCCUUUCUUCAUAACGUAUGUUCUCUAAUCCAGGCAGCAACCUGGCAAAUCUCUUCUGCACCCUUUAAAAUUUCCACAUCCUUCCUAUCAUCAUGGGGAGAAGGCUGGAGAAUGGGGUUGAAGAGCGGAAAAAAGGAUCAGCCAUGAUUAAAUGGCAGAGCGGACUUGUUGGGCCACUUGGCCUAAUUCUGCUCCUAUGUCUUAUUGUCCUAUAAUGAGGUGACCAGUACUGAUGAGCACAAUACUCUCUGUGGUCUAACCAGAGUUUUAGACCUGUAACAUUACCUUGCAGCUCUUGAACUCAGUUCACUAAGUAAUGAAGACCUACGCACCAUAUGUCUUAGCCAUGUGGCAACUUUGAGGGAUCCAUGGACUUGGAGAUCAAGAUCCUUCUGUAGUUUGCAUCCCUUUGGAGUUUAACAGCUGUUUGAAAUGUUAAAUUACUCCACCUCUCUGCUUCCUCAGAAAUACUCCCAUGUCAGCUCCAAAGUUAAAGAGGCAUUUUUGUUUGCAACAGACCUAAAAGCCUGAUUAAGAAAGUGUGCAGUGCUGUUCUUCAGUCACGUUAGAUUGUGAUGCAACCUGCACAUUGUGGCUAGACAGCAGCCCUGGGAGAGGCAGGAUUGAUAGUGUGGUCAUAGGAGGAAAGAUAUGUGGAUUCAGUUCUUGAUCCUAACACAUUCCUUUGUGCUGCCAUUGAAGAGACUUUUCAGCCAGGUGUUUUGCCAUGGUAGAUAAAGUAGAGGAAGAGUUAUGUGAAUGGUGCCAUAAAAGCUGCAUGGUGCAAUGUAUGUUUACAAAGGCACAAAUUUAGGAAAUUAAUACAUUUGUAACUAAAUAAACUGAAGCAUUUUAAUCGUUCUUUUUUUAUUAAUUGCAAUCGUGAACAAUAGCCAGAUCAGAAAUGCUGAUCAAGUCAACUAGUUCCCAAGGAGAACUCUGAUAGGCCAAUCAGAUGGUUCACUGCUGCUCAGCGAUAGAACACAAAAAAAAAAUCAUAUGUACAAUUAAGAAACAUUAAAAAGUAGUAGAAAUACUGGAGUCACGAUGAUCAUGAUGAAGUCUGCUGGAGCGAGACGUUUAUACACGUGCUGUUCUCCAUAAUUCAAAGAGAUUGAAGGAUAAGGUUGCAGGGUGAUAAACCGUGGCAGGAACACUUGGAACUAAAAACUAAUCCCUACCAGGAGAAAACAGCAUCUGUUCUUUCCACACUGUUCUCCAGCAGUUUAAGGACUAAGUCCAGCUGGAACGUAACUCGCAAGUGCUCUUGAAAGUCAGGUAUUAACCCUACCUACCAACAACCAAGCAUUGCCAUCCUGAUCCCCUUCAGGAUGUCUUAUGAAGAAGUGUGUGACUUCCCUCCCAGAGAUGAUAGGUGUUUGUGCACUCGACUCUUGAAGGCUUGGACCCCAUCAUUGCAGAUGUUUCCAACCACAGCAUCUGGAAGGCACUUCCAAAUUCAGGCAUAGAAACAGCAUCAGCUGGCAUGGAUAAACUUGAUCGUGUGGUGCGCCGUCUCUCAUAAGAUGAAAGCAUCAAUUUAAUAAAUACAUC